UUUAAGCACUUCGAGACACUGUCGGACAAUAUACAAGAAAUAAGAAAGACUUCUUAUUGUGCAAAUUCGCUCAUUAGUAUAAUUAUAAAGUGCGGAAGUGAUUGAUAUACAAGUUUAUAUAAAUUUGGCCAAAGUGCGUGGCAGUUAUAAUACGAUAUGGAUAAGGCGAACAGUUACGUGUUUUGCGACCACUGCGAACAAAACGUUUCGGAAACAACAUUCCGUAGACAUAUGGCUUUAAAACAAUCUCGCCAGCUGAAGAGAAGUUUGAAGAAAGAUUCUUCAACGUCUUCAUCCGACACAGACGGAGAAAGUGAUUGUAACAGUUACAGUUUCAAAGGUUAUCUGGGUAAAGACUUUGAUGUUCGUGUGUUAUACCUAACGGAAGAAAUAUGAUAACGAUAGAAUCCUGCUGUGAAAGUUUUCUACAACCAAUGAAAUAUUGGACGUGAUCGCGCUCAAUUAUAAAUCUACAUACAAUUCAACAAUCAACUGUGUCAAUGUGUUCAAAGUCCUUUCGCGACAAACAGCUGAAUCUGACUUCACUGGAUUUUUCGACAUAUCCACUGAAAUGUCUUUGCCCGAUCAGUACGUUUUAUUAUUACAAAAUGUGGUCGAGGAAAACAGGCUCUUGAGAGCUCAAAUGGCUAAUACCAUUUCAAGCAAUGAAAGUGCUUUGAAAAAUAUUGAAACAAAAAUGGACAUCUUGUCCCAGACAACUUCACCUGGCAGACGAGUCAGACAGACCGGGCAGAACAAACAUAAAGUGCCCAAAGCUUGCAGUAAUAAUGUCCGAAGAAAACUCAAGGCUCUUAGGAGUGCUGAUGAAAAUAUGCACUUUAGAUUAACUGAAAGCCCCGAUUCUCAGCAAAAUUCACAGCUAUUUAAAAGAGUGGCAGAAGAACUGCAACAUGAAUUUGGUGGUCAGGAAAAUUGUCCUUGGCCAACGGUUGUUUUAAAAGAGGCGUUUAAGAGGUAUUUCAAGUCAUGCAAAGCAAAACAGAAAAGAGUUGCUCUUGGAACAGAACAGCAACACGUUCAAAUUUGCAGGAGAAGGAGCAGAAAGGAGGAGAAACUAGCGAGAAGAUUAAAAACGAUCGAGAAAAUGGGUUGGAACCAGACGAAAGUGGCAAAGGUGGCAGACGUCAUGAGAAUGGACUAUAUGUCCUCUGAAAAAAGCGAGGUAGACGAGGAAACAAAUAGGAUUAAACACUACAAGGUUCGGAAGCUUUCUUGGGAAAGCAGAGAAUUAAAGCGAACUAAGAAGAAGCUUGAUAAAAACCACAAGGAUUCGCUACCUGGAUUGUCCAAACGAGCUGUUACACCAAGAGAGGAAGGAGAACCCUCCGGUAAACCAAAACCAGCCAACUGUCCUGGUUGGGCGUGUGUUGUUCUAACUGAAGACCCGACAAAUGAACCAGUUGGAGCACAAUAUUUAGCCGAGGAUGAUUUGAAUCUGUCACGAUAGACUCUUUAGUUAAAAAUUGCUACAAAAUUAUUUCAGUUACAUGUACAUUGACGAUGGACAUCCUAGAAGAUGCAAAUAAUUAUGUAUGCUAGUCCGAUGCUCUACCAAAUGAGCUACAAGGCCAAGUCGGUUCUUAAAUAUAUGUUUACUCCGAACUCAAAGUUCAGUGCCCUUGUUUAUUGGUCUCUAGACGCGCAAUAUAUUUUUGAAAAUAUAUUGGCUAUUGCGCGUCUGGAGAUCGAUGCACUGAACUGUAAUUUAAUUGUUGAAAACACCAUAUUAUUCACCGUACCAGAAACAUCACAUCAUGCAAUAAUAUUAGUAUAGGAAUCAUGGAUGUAUACUAUACAUUACGACUUAUCUAUUUAUUUAAAAUGAUGAAUUUUUGUAAAUACACGGGUAUAGAGGGAAAUAAAUGCUUUUUUGCAAUGAACUGGUGAUGCUUGUAUUUGUUUGACUAUAGCUAGCUAUACGUGUAGCUUGUACCAAAUAUAACGAUUAGAAAUUUAAGUUUUAUUGCGAGUUGAGCUUGUAAUUGAAUGGAAAUCAGUUUCUUCGUUUAUUUACAUGGAAUAGGUUAUAUAAGUAUAACAGCCAUGCAGCUAACGAAUUAACAAAAGCUGAAUUAUUGUGAAUAUAAUAGGUUAAUUAAAGACAGUUUAAAUGUGCAUUUACGCAAGGUUUAAUCAAUGUUUUAAGGCGAUUAAUCUAUACUUAUCUCACGCUUUAUCGACCUUUAAACAAUGUAUUAAAUCUACUUUUAAUACACUUUAGCCAACUAGCACAUUUAUGAUUAAAAUCGA